AUGGUUUCUGGCUCUCACAAUGUCCGUCACAUGACGGGCAAAACCUCAGCACGGAGUCAUCAAGGUCGUAGAACAGUGGGCCGAGGUCUUCUUCGCACAAUUCAACAUACAAAAGUCCAAGGCAACCCUCCUUCGGUAUCCGAUACGGCCAACCCACGAAUCCCUUCCACCCAGCUUCUCAAACAAAAUGAAAGCAAGUUUACUCCUUCACGGCCAGCUCGGGUAAAAGGUGUUCAGAUAAAGACGAUUAGGGCAUCCCAUGUUUCGACUACGGAUGGACUCUGCAAAAUCGCUUUUAAAGCUAUUACGCUUCGGAAUUUUCCGUCGUCUUUGUCCGUCCUCUCCGGUGCUUCCGUCUUUUCGGCGGACCUACGUCAACCAGUUGGUUCUUUGAAGUCUGACCAAUUUUCGCUCUCAUUCUGCGAUGGCGACAAUCCGGUCUCGCGAUGCAAAGAGUCUUCUUCGCCGUCGGCCACCUCCACGAUGCAAUGUCCGCCCGUCUGUGUCGGGCAGUUGGGCCGUCUGUCCGGAUCGCCAGCAUCGACUCCCUCACCACCGCCUCGAUUGGACCACCUCGGCCCGAGAAAAACGCUCCGACUCACUGGCUUUCCAGACCGAGGCAACUUGAGCCCGUCAACCGGCAGCCAAAAUCACACGACGACUCAUCUGAAAGGUAUGAUUCGAGCUACGGAGGUGGCAAAACCGGACGAAGACGAGGCUGACGGCUUCAUCCAACUGGCCAUCAGAAAUGAGGUGGGCUUAUUUUCAAAUUACUACCUUCUCUACACAACGCUCAUCUGCCUCGUCUGA